AUGGAUCCUAACAGGAUCCGAAAACCCAACAACGACCCGAAAAUGCUCCUGCGUCUCUCCGAACAUUUUCUGCAGCGCCGUCAUUUCUCCGACUGCCACAUAUACGCGACCCAAGUUCAAGAAAUCGACCCCCAUUUCCCGGGGGUCAACCAAAUCCUCGCCGUCGCCGCCGUCCUUCACGCCGCCGCAACACCCACCACCGGAAACUUAACGGACUGGUACAAAAUCUUGCAACUUGAACGGUACACAAAUAACUCUGAAUUAAUUACUGAAAAAUUUAAUAAAUUGUAUGAUUUAUUAAACCCAUCAAAAAACGAAUUCCCAUUUUCUGAUGAAGCUUUUGAUGUUGUUUGUGAUGCUUGGUUUUUGUUAUCGAAUUCUGUUAAGAAAUUAGAAUUUGAUGAAAAUUUGUUGAAAAAUGCUAGUGGGGUUUGGACUAUUUGUCCGUACUGUUAUUAUGUGUAUGAGUAUGAUAAGGAGUAUUUAGAUUGCUGUUUAGAGUGUGAGAAUGAUAAAUGUGGGAAAGCGUUUACGUGUGUCGAAAUCGGUAGGCCCCCGGUCGAGGUUUUGAGGGCGGGGGAGUAUUUGUGUGGAGGGUUUUUGUUGGGUAAGGGGACGGAAGGCGGGUGGAAUCCGUUUUUGUGUAAGGGAGUGGCGCGGGACGGGAAUGAGUGUGAGUUUGUGGAAAUAUCGAGUGAUGAAGGGAAGGUGAAAGUGGAGGAUGAAGUGUGUAAGAAGAAGGUGAACGGGAGAAGGUUGAAGUCGGUGGCUAAGAGGACGAAGAAAGUUACCGGUUUGGGGAAAAAAGUGAGGAAAGAAACGAAAAGUGAGGAUGAUAGUUGCGAGGAUGUUGAAGGAACGGUGAAUGUUGACGGAUUGGAUUUUUGUGAUGGUGGUGACGAUGUUCUUGUUAGUGUAGUGCAGAAGGAUCAAGGAUGGACGGUGGUGGUGCAAGAGUGA